GUCAGUUCACUGUCUGUGUUGCUUUGCGCAUACGUGUGAACACACACUUCCUGUUUGACAUGUUCUACCAGGUGUGUCACAGCAUGAAUAUGCUGGCUGAUAUCCUGGUUUCAUUUUGUGAUAGUGUGUCCAUACAGGUGUGGGCUGGCUGACACUGACUUGCGCUGGUGAGAGAAAUCCAGCACAGUCCUGAGAAGAGGGAAACUACCGCACUACUCUGACGGGAACUACAACUUCUCUCAAAAAUAAGAGGGGACUAGUCGCACACAAACACCUGUGCAGGUGGAAGAAGAAACCCCGCGAACGAGGAAAGGCUGCUUGGCAGGAGAAAGACACAAGAAUACUUCAGAAUGUGAAAUAACCCGGAGGAGAUUCUUCAACUGUGGUUCGAUCAAUGGGUCUGGGAUUCCAAUGUGGCAUUUCAGGCUCUGGGAUGUACAAGAUGUUGCUGUGUUUUUCAGCAUCACAUUAUAUAUGUGUCACCUAGCUGGAGCCAUCUCCAUUCAGUCUCCCCAGAGGAGCCUGACCGGGUCGGUGCAGGAGGAUGUGUUUUUCUCAGUGGAUGUUACCUGUUUAGGGAUCCCCACCAUACAAUGGACCUUUAUGUCAGGGGCGGUGAGCCGCACCAUAGGGACUUGGCAGCCGGGGGUGUACACCAACAUAACAGUGGAUUACAACAGCAGAGUGAAGUCCUUCAAAAAUGGCUCAAUGGGCCUGUCGGACCUGCGGCUGCAGGACGCUGGAUUUUACGUGGUGACUGUCACAGACACAGCAGGAAGCGGCAAGGACGCUGGCUUUGUCCUGAAAGUAAACGAGGUGCUGUACGAGGACCUGCAGUACCUGUCUGUCUCUGCCUUAGCACUGGCCUUUGUGGCGGCCCUUCUCAUGCUGGCCACGUGGCUACUGGACAAGGCCUACAGGAAGAUAGUUGCAUGGAGACGCAGGAAAGAGAUGCCAGAAAAUGACGCAACAGAGCUGCAGCCUCUCUGAAGGACGUCCAGCGGUGCUUUGUCCCCGGCAGAGAAAGACCAGGGACCCUUCAUCGAACACAAGGACUAGCAAGUUUAUUUUAGUUCAACUAGUUACUAACAGCCAGGAAGAUGGCUUGUUUUUUGAAUUUGAAUUAUGAAAAACUGUGUACCAAGAUGUUUACAUUUUUACGUGCAUUUACAGCUUACUGCUGAUGACACUGGAUUGAAUGUAAAUAUAUCACUAAUGACAUUGGGCAACAUUACAGACUGUAUGUACUGUCUAAGCAAAUUAAUUGUGUGAUUUUUAUGGGUUCUUCACAACAAUUAUCCAAAGUUUAAUCUGGCUUUGGAAAAAGGUUUUAUAGCAGGUAGUCUGUAUCAGACCUUUGAUGCAGUAAAAAUAGAUGGAAAGAACAAUAAGUUUACUUUUCUCAUUACUUACAUUACUCAUUUUAAAAGGUGAACUAAAUCCUGAUUCUUUCUUACCGUACCUACAAAUCAAAUCAGACAAAUUAUAAAGAUUAAGCAAAACUGCAGAAACACAUUCCUCACAAAAAGACAUCAACCAGAAGUCCUUUGAAAACAUUGAAUAACUUUAUGAUGUGACAUAUCAGCACAAAUACAUAUAGAGAGACUUAACGUUUUAUUCUGUAUCAGACUGUUUGAGGAACACACAAAUAUAAAAAAAACCGAGCAUGCUGCAGACACUACUGGAAGAGGAAAGGAAGAGAAAAGUCACAUUUUU